UGUUGUUUUCUGAAUUCAACCCCCUCGGCAACCCACAUUUCGCAUCUCCCUGUGCUAACCGCAGGGGUUGCUCUGAAAUUACGAUAGCCGAUUUUAAUUAAUACAUUAGGGACCCUUCUUCUUGUCUCCUUGUUCGGUGGAGGAAAUAUCAGGUACAUUAAUGGCAUCCAUCUCAAGGGACAAGAAGAAGGCUCCUCAUGAUGAUCACAAUAGCUUGGCCACGCCUCACAAAAGAAAACGAUCCGCCGCGCUCAACGUCAUCAAGGUGGCGCUUUACAUGUUGCGUCUCAAAUCAAGCAAAUCCAAAUCGGUUCAGGCUAAUAUGGUUCCCAAGGUUUCUUGGAAGAGGCUUCUAGGGUCAAUGCGUCCGAUGCAUUUACAAAGCAACCAAUCACCGCCCCCUACUAUCGAGGCCAAACCUGGGUUCAUGCUUGAGCCGGAGUUCAUACCCGUAAGUCAACCAACAGAGGAAGCUAUUGCGACGGCUCCCUGGUCUCCAAUGGCUUCGUCCGAUUCAUCUUUCAUGAGCCAGUACGAGUCACCUUUGAAUCAAGAGAUUCAUGUUAUGGAACCUAGUGAAGAGGAAAGCUGGUUCGAUGAUGAUGGCGGCGACGAGAUGAUUGAUGCCAAAGCUGAAGAGUUCAUCGCUCAGUUUUACCAACAAAUAAGGCUUCAAAACUUGAUGAAUCAAUGAAAUCCUCCCCCCCCCCCCAAAAAAAAAAAAAAAUAUAUAUAUAUAUAUUGGUCAAUAACGUAUUGACGGCAUUCGAUUUGCAUGCAUGCACGUUGGGCUAUUGGGGUUAUGUUUUAUUAUUUAAUUUUUGGUAUUGGUUGCAAAGGGAAACAACACAGGCGCAAGGUGUUUAGAUUGUAGUAAAAAAAGGGAGUGCUAUCGUGUCUCGUGAUUUAAGUUUCAGUAUCGAAGCGGGAUGAGAUAAUUUUCCAUAGAUAGUAGGACGUUUUCGAUUCAAUUGGUGCACGAUAUCAGUAACAUCAUUCAGCUUACAAAUUUAUUAUAUUGCUUUGGUCCAGGUUUUCCCAUUGUGAGAUCACAUUGAUCUGAAAUUUCAUUUUUUUUUCGUAUUCACAUUGUAAAAGCGUCUGAUAUUAUGAUAAUGCUAACU